AUGUCACCUGAUGGUGACUACUGCCAACAAAACGACGCGUCCGGAUACAAGGAGACUAUGAUCGAGAGGCAGCCUGAUUGGCAAGAGAUAUCAGCUCGAAAGAGCAGGGAUCGUCAAGUUCUCCUGGACCAGUACCGAGAGUGGCAUCUACCGCAGAGAAUACCCAUAUCCCGAAAGGAUGUCUCCACGAUCCCGACAUCUCAGCUCAGCCCCCGAGAAUUCGAAAUUGUGCAUCAGGAUGCCACUUCUCUGGUACAGCACCUUCGUAACCGCCGUUAUACUGCUGUUGAGGUCACCAGGGCUUUUUGUCACGUCGCAACGGUUGCGCAGGAGCUUACCAAUUGCCUGACCGAAGUCAUGUUCACAGAGGCCUUAGAGAGGGCAGCAGAGCUAGAUGAGCACCUAAAGGCAACAGGCCAGGUUGUUGGGCCUUUGCAUGGCCUUCCCGUGUCCAUCAAGGAUCAUGUCCUUGUCAAAGGUCACGAUACCUCGACUGGGUACAUAGCAUGGGCAUACAACACCGUCGCCACAAAGGAUGCGGUAGUUGUCGAUGUAUUACGCAAAGCUGGGGCUGUGCUAUAUGUAAAGACCGCCAACCCGCAGACGUUACUGUCGCUGGAGACAAACAACAACAUAUACGGCAGGACCCUCAAUCCCUUCAACCGCACUCUCACUCCAGGUGGGAGCAGUGGAGGAGAAAGCGCACUCAUUGCUCUACAUGGCAGUCCGAUGGGUUUGGGUACCGAUAUAGGCGGAUCGAUUCGAAUCCCGGCUGCCUACAUGGGACUUUACGGCCUGAAAGGUUCAGUUGGUCGAAUGCCUCACGCAGGUUUAAUGGGCUCUCAUGAUGGCAUGGAUGCAAUCAUCGGCGCACUGGGUCCCAUCGCUACGUCGGCGCGAGACUUAUCACUCUUUUGCCGUGUAAUGCUCGAGUAUUCGCCAUGGCUUGUUGAACCACCACUUUUUGAAAUGCCGUGGAAGCAGAAUGUCGUGGACGGCGAAGGGAUCCCGAAGAAACUGUCUAUUGCAAUUCUAUGGGAUGAUGGCGUCGUUGCCCCACACCCUCCAAUCCUGGACGCUCUGAAACACACCAAAGACGCCUUGGUUGCUGCGGGACAUGAGGUUCUUCCCUGGAUACCCGUUGAUCACCAGGAAGUUUGGGACCUGAUAGUAAAACUAUACUUCCUCGAUGGAGGGGAAGAAUACAGGGAGACCAUGAAAGGGGAGCCUUGGGUACCGCAGACGGAAUGGAUCAUGUCGCAGGUGCCCAAUGAGGGCAAACCCUUCACAGUCGAAGAGAUCUUCAAGUUGAACCUCGCACGAGAAGCGUUCCGUUCCAACAUCGCCUCUCACUGGAACGCGACGCAACUGCGGACUACCACAGGAAGACAAGUUGAUGCCAUCCUAAGUCCGGUGGCAUCCACCCUUGCCCCACCGCACGACACAACCUGCUGGUGGGGAUACAGUUCAUAUUGGAAUCUGUUGGAUUUUCCCGCUGUCGUGUUCCCCACGGGACGCUUCUCUUCGCAGAAUUACACUCCUUCAGAUGUUUCAGAGGAAUUCAUUCCUCAUGCGGGAGCACGGAACAAGGUGGAGGAGAUCGUCAGGAAACAGUGGUCCCCGGAGACGUACGACAAUGCCUGCAUCGGCCUGCAGCUUAUUGGGAGAAGAUUGAACGAGGAGAAGCUGUUAGGAAUGCUACGCGUAGUCGAAGACGCAGUGCGCACUUUUGGCGCGGAGAACGUCUGUUAA